CUGGUGAAAACCACAGUUGAACUUUGCUAACUAAAGAGGAACUUAAUUCAUUGAACCUCCUGAAGCAAAAGAAAACAAAUAUGGCUCGUUUCUUGGUGCAAAUCAUCGGGGUCAUAUGUGGAGGUAUUGGAAUGAUACUUACCUGGAUGAUUACAUUUAUGCCCCAGUGGAGAGUGUCCAUUCUUGCUGAAAAUAAUGGAUUUAUUAACAAUCGUGUUGAUGGAUACUGGAUCAGUCGGUGGGAUGGCUUGUGGACAUCCUGCGUCAAUCAAGCCAGAGUCUCAGUGCAAUGUAACACUUAUGACUCCUUGGUGUCAGUCACGUCCGAUUUAAAAUCUGGCAGAGUCUUGGUGGGUUUUGCCCUUACCAUGACAAUAAUAGCCUUCAUCUUUUCAGUUGUUGGCAUGCUGUUUACUCAAUGUAAUGAAGAACGAAGACACGGAAAGAAUUGUAUGCUCUUAACAGCUGGAAUCUUGUACAUCUUAAGUGCUCUCCUCAUCCUUAUUCCAGUGAGCUGGACAACUAGCAACAUUGUCCGACAGGCUUAUGAUGCUUCUGUAUGCAGAGGAGCACUGAGAAUAGAAAUGGGUGAAGCUCUCUUUUUGGCCUGGCCGACACUUGUAUUCCUUACCAUUGGAGGAAUAAUGCUAUGUUGGCUUUGCUCUUGUAGAAGAAAAGAACACAUUAACUAUGUGUUACCACGAGAUCAAGAAAUGGAGUGCAGAGUUGUUCCUGAAGUUUGUGACAUACCAGCCGGACAUACUCGAGCUCAAUACUUAUAACCAUCUCUAAUUCACACACUAACUCUAAUAUAGAUGGUCUAAAACCUAAUCUAGAAAUGGACCUUCUGAACAAGCACAAUGCAAGUCACUGCAUCAUUGUGGAAUGGUUAUUUAUUGGUUACAGCAGCAAAAUACAAAUAUAACAAGUAAAUUAUUGUAUUUAUGAGAUUUUUACAAUAAUGAACUGGAGGACAUAUUUCACUGAUGUAAAUUAGAAAAAUGUCUAGCUUCUAUGUUGUAUUUUAUAGCAUGUAUACUAAAACAAAUCAAACCUUGCUCACUGAGGUACAUACGGGGUAGCAUAUAUAAUUCAAGGGCUAAGUUCUAAAUGUUGAACAAUCAGCAUGGAAACCAAUAGAAUGUUUCUGCUCAUUGACUUACCUUUAGAGUGUUGCCCCGGAAUGGCUGUGUAUAUGUAAUCACUGUAGACAUGUGAAGGAAAGACUUGUUUAUUACCAGAAUGGAGUUUCUCACACAUAAAAUGCAUUAUACCACCCUUCUAUUGUCUUAUGUGUCACAGUAUGCACUAGGCAUGUUUGACGGCUCUAAAAUAGUAAGGCGCACACAGCAAUAACAGCUUUGCAAGAAAAAGACAGAACAAUAAAUUGGGCUUAAGUGAAAAGCACCUUAUUGAAAAGAGGGUGGAUUUAUGGAUAUUUAACAAACAGAUCCCCUCCUAGUUUUCAAGAGCCUUUGCAAUUAAAUGGUCCAAAACGUUUCAUUUUUGUUAAAUUAUUUGAUUAUUGUUAAUGUUGUUAUAGUGUUUAUUAAUAUAUUUUUAGAGUGUAAGCCUGUUUUACAGUAUUGUAUCAUUGAUAAAUGAUAAUUACUCACAUUACACCAAGUAGGCAUGUACGCUGGGUGGUCCCUGUUUAUUGGAUAAGUAUAGGAGAUUAAGACUUUCUUAGAUACAAGACAAGACAAGAUAAAAACAAGCUUGCCCAACCAAAGUAUUUCCCAAAAGGGUGACAGGCAUGUUUUUCUGUUUGCAUUUGCCAAUAUGUUUAAUUUUGCUCCUGCUCUCAAAGGUCUUUAAAUAUUUAUUUUCUAAUGUUAUCAUGCAGCAUGUUAUUCUAUAUAUAGCAAAUAUAUAAUGUUAUAAUAAUGAAUUGUUUCUGUGACUCUAUCAUUAAUUGUCAGAACAUGAUGUAAUACUAGUAUUUGAAUUUAAAUAUGUUCACAGAGGUAUCCGAUUCCUUUGUAGCUUUAACCCCUUAAGGACCAAACUUCUGGAAUAGAAGGGAAUCAUGACAUGUCACACAUGUCAUGUGUCCUUAAGGGGUUAAAGAACUCUUCCCUAAUAUCAGUGUUAUCCUUUUGUAAUUGGAAAC